UGCAUACUAUAUAUAUGGUGGUAUCUGUCAAAUAAUAUAUACGCAAAUGUCAAAGUUUAUACACACUUUAUAAUAUUCAAUACUUAAAAAAAUAUGUAUAAUUUUGCAGUCAAUUGUGUUAUUUCUGUACAUAUCAUAUAAGAUGAACAACUCUUUAUUGUAAUUAAAGUUAGAGGGACACAUAUGAGAUUUUAGUUUCUCUUUAUUAGUUCUUAAUUAUAGGGCGUCGAAAGCGUGUAAUAAUCUAUGAAUUUAGGCGUAUUUAAUAGAGUUAAUCUUAAGGACUCCCAAGGAGGAAUGUAUUCCGAAUGGGCUUCUCUAAGUAUUUUAGUUCAACAAGGUUCAGAAGAAAGUCAAAGUGUUCUCGAAAAAUUCUCUCCUGGAGCAGGAAAAGAAGUUGCCUUGUCUAUUGUACGUCAACUAGCAGCGAAUCUUGGUAUAACACAAGCAGCUGAGCCUAGUCCAUUAUGCACGGAUAAAGAAGUGCAAUGGUGUAUGGAAGUAAUAUGUUUUGGGUUGUCCUUACCUUUGGCUGAACAUGAUACUGUCAGAGACUGUGUUAAUGUUUAUUGCGAAUGGUUGUCAGCAUUAUAUUCUACACCAAAGAUUUGUGUACCUGCACCAAUUAUAGAUGAUCCUAAUUUCUAUGCCAGGAAAAUUAUAAGUCAUUUCCAUAAUUUAUUCGUUCCACGAAAAGGAGAAGUCUGGCCAUUUUUGUAUCAGGAUUUAGGGACUGAUACAAUUAAUCGACAAGCUGUUUUGUGUCAUAGAGUACUUCGGACACUACAACAAAUUGCGAGAGGUCACGCAAAUUUAGAAAGAGAAACUUGGGAAAGUUUGUUAUUAUUUCUUAUUGGAAUUAAUGAUGCACUUUUAGCUCCUCCAGCAACAAGAGAAGAUGCUGGAGAACAAUUAUGUGAAAGAGUUCUAGGUGUAUUAUUAGAGGUUUGGUUAGUAGCGUGUGAACGUAAUUUCCCUUCUCCACCAUUAUGGCGUACUUUACGAGAAUCUUGUCUUCGAUGGAGACACAGAUUGGCAUUAGUAGAACAGUGGAAUCGUGUUUGUCUUGCUCUUACUGCAAGACUUUUACAAAUUAUGUAUGGUCCAAUGUUUCCAGAAUUAAAAAUAAGCGAAGAAGAUUCUCAGCUUGUACCACCUACAAUGUCAGACGAGGCAGUGGCACAAGCAUGGUACAGACUUUUACGAACUAUAGGAGAUCCAGUUGAUUUAUGUAGACCAGCUGUUGUGUCGCAAACACAAGCAUUUUUACAGUACGCUAUUGCAAGCCCGAACGUUAUAGAUCCUUGCCAGCAUCCUUGCUUGCAAAGUUUACCACAAAUAUUUUUAAAAGCUAUAAAAGGUAUAGCAGGUCAAGUUGAUGCUUUUCUUGGAGUUUCACAGGCAUGUUGCUGGGAAGAGUGUUGUGUAUCCUCCAUCACAUCUGGAUCUGCUAGCAUUGGAAGUGGGGGUAUAGGGUGGGACAAAUCGAGUGGCAAAGAUCUGACACAACCUUCUCCUACACCUCCGACACAACGCAGACUUGCCAAAAGUUUCAGUGUUACACCUUCUGCUGUAACUAAGGGAAUUCCAAAAGCCUCCUUGAUUGGUUUAACAACGAGUCGUGUGUCAAGUACACCUCCUGUAUUUGUAUCUAAUUCUGGACCUUCAUCCGCUUCGAGUACAACGUCUAUGACAUCUUUAGUUCAAGAUAUUAGGCCUCCUUUAGCUCCAGGGCGUCCAAAAUGCAACAGUAUACUACACCUUUUCGGGGAGUGGUUAUUUGAAGCUGCAUUUAUAGGCACUGAUGGGUGGUCACAAAAUUUACCGCAACCAUCAGGUGCGACGAAACGUCCGUCUUCUGUACUUGUCGAGGGUCCCAGUUCAUUACAAGAACCAGUUAACGAUGUUCCACCAACACUUUGUAUAGAUCGUUAUGAAUCUGGGAGAGCAGAAGCUUUAGGCGCAUUAUGUAGAAUAUUCUGUGCUAAAAAAACUGGCGAAGAAAUAUUACCUGUAUAUUUAGCUAGAUUUUAUCAAGCAAUGCAUCAUGGUCUCAAAGUUGAUGAAUCUCGAGAAUGCGGUGAAACGUUAGCAAGCAUACUUUUAAAUUCUGCAGAUUUAUUCCGUUUAGAUUUAAAUGGAGUACAAGUGUUAGUGCCUGCGGUGAUAUCGGCGUUAGAAACUGUACUUCCGGAAAAAGAUUUAAAAUUGAAAUCUAAUAUAGUCUCAAAACCAGAUCUACGAAGAGCUUCUAUACAUUUAUUAAUAUCAAUGUUGGCACUCCCUCUUCACUUUCAAAAUCUUACUAUCAAGGAAUUACCAAUGUUCUCAAAUGCAUUGAAUUCGGACAAGGGUCAUAUAACAUUUGCACAAUUAAAAUCAAAACUUAUGAAUCUGCUUAUAAAUGCACUGCAAGUUGAAACUGAUCCUCAAAAUACUCAUAUGCUAUUAGGGGCUCUCUUAUUAAGUGUACAAGAUUCUGCAGCAGCAGAAGAAGUAGAACAAGUCACUCAACCUGACACAAUUGCUCACGAUUCUACUGUCAAUUUAUUAUCGUCAGUCACCAGCGAUUCAGCCAGUCAAAUAAGUAUAUCCAGUGAUCAACGAUCGCUCGGCGAAGCAUCUGAUAUUACAACUCUUCAAGAGGAAUGUAUUGCAUUCGAUUCAGCUCAUGCUCUUUUCGUGCGCGCAACGUAUUUGGUGUGUCACAGAUUAAUAUCAUCGUGGAAAACAGAUCUGAAUAUUUCGUUAGCAGCUCUUGAAAUACUAUCUGGAUUAGCAAGAACACGAAUUCGUGAAACAGCAAGGAAACUUACAGAUGCCCUGGAAUGUAAACGUGCUGUGAAAUGGCUUUGCGAUUACAUUGCGUAUCAAUGUUGGCGUCCUCCACCAGCCCAUUCAAAAGAUCUUCAUUCUUCCAUUGUUGCUGCUUUCAAUUGUUUAACAAUUUGGUUAACAGCUCAUUCACAAUUAUUACAAGAUAAGGAUUGCUUGACAACAGUUUUAGAAGUAGUUGAACUUGGUGUAUCAGGAACCAAAAGUGUAGGAAAGCCUGGAGAACCGAUUAAAAUGAAAGAUGAAAAGGAACUAAAACCAGCGUCUAUGCGUGUCAGAGACGCCGCCGAUGCACUUCUUACUGUUAUUCUUGAACAAGUUGGUUAUUUCCCAAGCGCAUGCGGGGCCCAGUCAUUGUCAUCUUUAUUAGAUGAAGUAUCGCUUCUUCGACAUUGCAACAGCUGGACCGGCGGUCGAGUACCUCGUCAAGCUGCAGUCGAAAGAUUUCGAUAUUUUGUUGCUGAAAAUGCUACCAUAUUGGCUUUAUUAGAAGAGCCUCUUGGGAAUGAUCAAGAUCCACAACCUACCGUAACCGUGUUAAUACGCGGACCAUUUGGCAGGCACGCAUGGACAAUGCAACUUCGACAUUUACCAAGGCACAGAUCAAGUAUAAGAAGCAUAAACACAAAUCCUGGCCGACCACUGCCAUUAGCAGAAGCUGCGCCAAGAACAGAUUACAAACCGAAAUUUUUUCCUGACAAUGUUGAUCGUAUACCUCAUUGUAAAGUAGAUGAAUCUAUACCAAGUCUUGAAGCGGUCAUGAACGACAACAAUGUAGUGAGAAACGAGCAUCAAACUUUAUCCCAAUUAUUAGAGCGUCAAAUGAAUAUUGAAUCGAAGUACUGCGACGGGAAUGUUCAAACUUCCGAAGAAAAGACUGAAGAAUGUGUACCGCCACAGAUUUGUCAUGAAUUUCAAACCGCGCGUCUCUUUCUAAGUCAUUUUGGUUUUCUAAAUAUGGAGCCUAAGGAAGACGACGAAUCUAGGAAUAAUGGCCUUAUUGCGCUAGAUCCGACUAUUCCAGGAUUUUGUCUAGAUUUAGAAACCUUAGAUAAUAUUAGUCCAAGAAUGUGCGAUACGGUGUAUAUUUUUUAUGUCAAAGCUGGUCAAAAAGCUCCAACAGAUAUAUUAUCUAACGUGUUACACGAAGCGCACGUAUCACCAAACUUUUUGGAAUUUUUAAACUCCCUUGGAUGGCCGGUUUCUGUAUCAGCGCAUGCUGGCUGGACAGGUCAUGUUUCCACAUCGUGGAGAGUAACGCCGCAAUUGAAUGUACCACAACCAGCCCAUAGCGAUCACGGUGGAGCUCUUUAUAAUGGUGACACUCACGUACUUUAUUGGGCCGACGUUAGUUCAGAAAUUGCGUUUGUUGUGCCAACUCAGUCAAACAAUAUGUUAAAUUCGGAUUCGUUAGAAGAAGCAAGUUAUUCUAGUGAUAUUAGCGCCAAUCAAGUUUGGUUUGAAAAAAGUAUCAAUGAAAAUAUCAACUGUAGAAAUUAUGGAACAGGCCAAAGUACUAUGCAAAACACCCGAGCAAUGUCACUUGAUUUAGAAAAGCAACCUCCGAGUUUGACAGGAUCUAGUCCUUCAAGUUCUUCUAGCGCAGAUCCAGUAAAACCGAAAAGAAGUACCAAACAAGUUUUACCCGCGCAAACUGACAUUAAAAUUAUGGUUGUUUGGCUGGAAAGUUUAGAGGACUAUGCCCAAUUUCCAAUUGGUGAUCUUCUUUCUUGUACUUAUAACGGUCUUGAACAAACUAGAAUAAUACAACCAUCGGAUGUACAAGUAAUUUUUCUUCAAGCUCUCAAUAGUGGAUUAAUGAGAGUUAGGUUACAAGGUCCAGUUUCUAGAAUCAAUUUAGCUACCCCUUUAAUUGAUGGAAUGGUAGUGUCCAGAAGGGUAUUAGGAACACUUGUUAGACAAACAGCGUUAAAUAUGGGACGUAGAAAAAGACUCGACAACGAUAGUUAUCAUCCACCGCACGUACGCAGGCGCUUAAAGAUUCAAGAGAUGGUACAAAAAUACAGAAAAAAUUUAACUGAUCCAGAAUUAUUAACACUACUAUUUAGUAGCACCCAAACUUAUCAAGUCUAAUGAAAUCAGUGUAAGUUAAAUAAAAUUUGCAUUAAAUCAUAUAAGUAUGAUUUAAUAUAUAAAUAUAUAUAGUAUAGAGUUCUAUUUAUGAAUAAUAAAUAAUUAUCAGCAUAAUAUUAGAUUUAAUAUUUCCUCGAACUGUA